AUGGCGCUCAGGCCAGAGGUCCUCCAAGCUUUCACUCUUCUAGGCAUCGACCCAGACGCGGAUAUCCAGGUAGCCACCAAAGCUUAUAAGCGACAAGCUCUCCUCCAUCAUCCGGACCGCAACCACGGCGACCCAAAGGCUACACAGCGGUUUCAAGAAAUCGGCGCAGCGUGGAACAUCUGUCAAAGACAUUUGGACAACCCUGCAUGGGGACUCUCUGAAUUCCAAGCGUCUUAUACAAGUACGAAGAAUACUUACAGAUUCGCUGCCGACGAUGAUAUUCCUUUGGACGAAGAUGAGCUUCAUCAAUUCUAUAUGUUCAUGUUCGCUGAAACGCUGUUUGGACGUUAUACGCGUUCAAAAGGCCAACGCUAUCGUUAUGAACGCUCUGGACGAACCGGAGGAGGCAUUUAUAGCUUUUCGGGGGGCCUCGCUAAGUCACAAGAACGUCAAGCGAGGAACACCGAGCGCCAAAGGAGGGAAAACGAAGAGUACGAAAAAAGAAAGCGCGAACUAGAGCUGGAAAUUGAACAGGAACAGCGCGAGCACUCCUUGUUAGAAAAGAGAAAUAAAGCAGAUGAGGACCGCAGGGCAAAAGCCCUUGCAAAUGCCUUCCGAGCGGCUAGUUCAGGUGAUUCUGCUUCCGUGAAAAACGCUAUAAUUGAGUAUGAUCUCGAUGUCAAUGCACCCCAAAAACGAUCCAAAGGGCCCAAGAAACAGGAUACUGUACCACAUUCUGAUUCAUUACUACAUGUGGUAGCAGGCCAUUGUGAUGAAAAGUUAUUUAUGUUUCUAAUCGAGCGAGGAGCCAAUCCUGUCGCUCUGAACAAAGCUCAGCUCACUCCUUUCCAUGUGGCGAUUAGAGCUGGGAAUACAAGUAUUGUUCAAUAUAUCAUGGAACACCGCGGGAGGGCUUUUGACGUAUACCAUCCAUCUAAGGCAUCCCUUUCAGGCCUCACCCCUUUGCAGUUAGCUAUCGAAAGUGGAGUUCCGUCCGUCGUGGAACUUUUAGUAAAGCAUGCCACUACACAUGAUGUCGAAAGGUGUUGGAAGAGUAAAGAUUGUUCCGAGGAGAUCAAAGAGAUUUUGCUGAAAAAGAAAGGAUUCGUACCGCCGGAGAUCCAUUCAUCUCCACUAGAGCCUGCACCAUCAAAAAAAUUGCAACGCCAAAAAGAACUAGCCCUAGAAAAGCAGGCAAGAUUAACUCUCGAACUUGAACGAGCUACCAUCAAUCGUAGGAGGCGGGAGGAACGCGCCCGGAAGCGAGAAGAAAAGGAUCGAGAAGAAGCUGCAAUCACAUUAGCGCAAGAACAUGCACGUCUCAAGGAAGAGAUGGAAGAACGCCAGCGAUUGGAGGACAAUCGCCGGGAACAAGAACAAGUACGGCUCCAGGCGGAGAUGAAAGAAAGGCAACAACUGGAAACCAUCCAUAGAGCUCAGGAGCAGUCUCGGCUCAAAGCUGAGAUGGAAAGAAAAAGACUGGAAGAUGAUUGUAGACUUCAAGGACGACCUCGAACAAAAGUAGAGGGAGAAAGUCCGUUAAGAGUAGAAGUGGAGAAGCGUGCCCUAGUAACUUCAAGACCAAUGGUAAAGAGAAAAGAGAGAAGUGGUAAAGAUCAAUCAGAGAAAGAGGAACCGGCGAUGGAAACAUCUGAGCGGCCCAGACAUCGUAGUAAGGAAUCGCACUCACGCACAUCUUCAUUGACGACUUCCGUGGACGCACCCGUUGAGAUUGAGAAAGUUGUCCCGCCACCAAACGUAGUGAACGUAGAUGAACGCACAGCAGACCGAUCUUUGAAAAUAAAAGAGAAACGCAAAGAGGUCAUGGCUAAAAGGAGACGAGAGAAGAAAAACGAACAAGCAGGGAAGCCGACGUUGGCAAUAGCCAAUAACAUUAGCUCGAUGCCAAAGGCAGAAUCUUCGAAAAAACACCAUUAUAUGAUGACUGCUAAAGAUGGGCAAAAUACAGUGGAUGAGGUUGACAGGAAAAGGAAUGAAGAAAUACUGCGUCGCCGAGCAGAGCAAAGCGCCAGAGACAAGGAGAGGCACCGCCGGCUAGUCGAAGAACGAGCCAAAGCAGCCGAAAUUAAUCGUAGAUCAGACGCCGGUACUGACUCAAGUUUACUCCUGGCGCAUGUAUCGACUGGUAGACGCCCGGAGCAAGAGAUAGCUCGAGCAGAAAAUAACCGCAUUCCGAGUCAAGCUCCAUUGCUCGUACCACAAGCAACAAUCCCUCUCUCUGGGGCAGAUUUUGAGAAUUACAUAGAGGAUAUCCAGACAUGCAUAGUUCCAGAGGAUCUGUUUGGAGAGGAGCGCGAGCCUGGCUUCGUAUCAAGUAGAGGUCGAGGCCGACGAAGGCCCAGAUAUUUUGGUAGCAGAUAG